CCUAAGAGUGCUUCAGUCAUAGACUAGAAUCCAAAGACGCGAGUUCCAGAACGAACUCUUAAUUAACAAAAUAUCAAAAUUACAAUGGAACAAGAAAAUUACGGAAGAGAAUUGACAACGGAUAGAUAUACUGAAUCUAUCGAGCUAUCCAACAAGUGCCGAGAGUUUUACCUGAAGAGAAUGGAGGCUUCUGAGACAAGGAAACAAACCACUAAGACGAAUCCCACCCCCCGGGGAGGGAGGAUGACAUCCAUCGAUAUAGCCAUGGGCAAACUCAGAGAAGAAAUGAAUUCUUUGAUGGACCAAGAUCUUUCUCUGAUGAAGCAACUGUUGACCUUAAACGAGACAAUAGAAGAACUAAAAUGGAAAAGGAGAUGCAGCUAUGAUUCAAUGCCUGACAGUUCCGCCGAACUCGAUGUUUCUGAUUGGUCGGUAUCAGACAAUGAUUUGUUCGAAUCCUGCGGCGAUAUCUCCGGGAAAUGCCAAUCUGAGGAAACAGAAAUUCCGGAAGUGACAUCACUGUCAAACACAUUGAAGCACAAAUGCACUACGCAAGACAUUCAAACUUCAACAAAGAAAAUAAAUAAACCAUCUGAGAAAAUGUCUAAAAUUAAAAUAGGAAAUGCCAUUUACAAACAAACAAGUGAAGAGGAUCAAAGUUCUUGUGAUUCUGGCAUCUGCGAUGCUUUCCUAGUAGAAAGUCCGUGAACUUACUAUCUAACCCAACAAAUGCAAUAAUGAUGUUCGUCAAAGUUGUGUUCAUCAACAAGACUUUACAAUCAUACAAACAAUUUGUCGCGCCUUAUGAAGUUUACGAUCUCAGGACAUGCAGUUUUUGAAAAACAUGUAUAUGUGAUGUUAUUUUACUUAUCGACGAACACACCAUAUGUGGGAUACCUUGAAAAUCGUCAUAUAUACUUGUUAUUUCUUAAAGGAUGGUGACUUUUCAUAAACAAGGUGCUAGAGGUUCACAGAUACACGGGAUUAUGAUGUUUGCCUGGCGUUUCCCUACAAACUAUCUGAAAAUAUCGUAAUUGGAUCGCUCUGAAUUAUGUAUAUAUUUGGAUUUUUUUAAAGGAAAUUCUUAAACGAAAAGCUUUUUUGCAUUCGUUUUUUUUUCAUGUUUAAUUUUUUUGUUUAAUAUAUUGGCAAAGUUUAAUUUUAUAGGUCCUAUUUGAAAUGUAAGAAAAAGAAACGUUUAAUUCAUGGAAUACAAAAGGGAGCGCUAGAAGGAAAAAAAUAUCAUUUUACACAUUUCUUCAAUGGUGUGUCCUUCAAAAAGACGUGAAUGGCAGAACACGAUUAGCUUAGCGAUUUAACGACGCCAGUCACUGCCUGUUUUGGUGGAUAUUGUAUUGACGAAAUGUAUGGGGGGAUGUAAAAUUAACGUUGAAUUUGCAACUAUAAAAUUUUUUGGGCUUCGUUUUUCUCUUAGGUUAGGGGUUUUAAAGUACCAUAAAUCUUCCUUGUGAAUUUCGCUGUAUUUGUAUUCGCUAUGCAAGGAGGAAGUUUGUUGGGACUUUCAAUAUUUCUGAUCUCAUGUAAUUUCUGAUGUGAAAAAUAUGUUCUUCGAAAAAAUUAAAAUAUAUAUUGUAUUUGGAUCUGUAAAAAAAAAAAUUUGGAAAUAAAAGUGGAAUUUAA